AUGGCAUCCCUCUGCUCCGGCCAGCUGCAAGACCGCAAAGAUCACAAAGCCAAAUUACGAGCCCAGCCCCAGGCCCAGCCCCAGCUCCAGCCCCAAGACCAACCCUCAUCCUCAUCCUCACCCACAUCCCCGCCGGCUCCUCCCACCACGAUGUCGAGUACCCCGCCGUCGCCGGGAGACUUGCAGGCCGAGGGCUUGAUAUCGGAAGUCGUGGAUAUCUACCAGCAGCUAUCAGCGCUCGAGGCAGAUCUGAGGCCCUGCACCGUCAUCAACGAGCUCUUUGGGAGGCUGGUCGGCCUGAGUAUCCAGACCGUCAGCGAGGCUGUGACGAACAAGUUCGAGUUCCAGUUCGAGUCCGAGUCCGAGUCCGACUUCGAGUUCAAGCUCCAUAUUGCUUUGCAGGUCCUCUCAGAUGCACGCGUCGCGUCCAUCCUCCCGAAACUGCAUCAGAUCUGCUCGACAGCAGAAUACUACUUGGAGUUCCACUGGGCGAGCUACAUCUCAGGAGAUGAUGCCUCCUCAAGCCCGGAAGAAGUCCAAUCCCGCCUCGAGAAAUUCCCCUACUAUGGAAACUACACCGACCUCACGCGCAUGGAACUCUCCGCCCUCUCCUCCCUCGCCUCGCCCGCCUCCCCCCUCCGAAAAUUCGCAUUCAUAGGCUCGGGCCCCCUCCCCCUGACCAGCCUCUGUAUCUGCUCGUCCACGUCCCCCGCCCCCACCACCGUCUUCAACAUCGACAUCGCCUUACCCGCCAUCACCCUCUCCUCCCAACUCAGCCAGCGACUCGGUCCCCACGGGGCGGGAAUGUCGUUCACGCACGCCCCCGCCGGGGACAGCAGCACCGACCUGCGCGGCUACGACGUCGUGUACCUCGCGGCGCUCGUGGGCGGCAGCCAGGAAGAGAAGGAGGAGGCGCUGGGCCAGGUGGUGUCGCGGAUGAGCGCGGGCGCCCUGCUGGUGGUGAGGAGCGCGGAGAGGUUGCGGCGCUUGAUGUAUCCUACCUUCGACCCCACCACCCCGCGCGUCCUGCAGCACCUAGACAUCUGCCUCGCAGUGCACCCCUACAACAAGGUCGUCAACUCGGUCAUCAUCGGGCGCGUCAAGGCCCAAGCCCCAAGAGAAGAGAGGAGGAAGAGCGAGAGAAGAAGUUCAAAGCUAUGA